AUGCUAACCACAAGCGAGUCCAAAAAGUAUACUGACUAUGGUAAGGGAAUCUGGGUGUUUUACCAAGUGUAUAUGGAUGUUAUUGACAAAGAUAUUGCGACUUAUGACCAUAAUCCAAGAGACGCAUAUAUUUGGCAAAGCUAUGACGUGCAAGGAACACGACGAUCAGCUCUCGCGGCAGGUUCAGUGAUUGUUUUCAGAGCUUCAAUCUAG